AAAAUUACCAGUCUUGCAUGCAUCACUUCGGCAAUAAUAUUACAAAGUAAAUAACAUAUAUUUGUUGUGCAGCUUCAGUGAGGCGGACCCACCUACGCCGGCCCCCCCGAUGCCGGACUCGCGGGACAUCCUCCUUCUGUACGCCCGCGAGGGAGACUACGGCCAAGAAGUCGUCGACGCACUAAAAGACCUCAUCGUCGAAGCUACCGGAGCCAAGGUGUACGACCUGUACAGCCCUUCGGUGGUGGCGGCGCUGGGCGCGGCGCCGGGCGCGUGGGUGCGCGGCGCGGUGGGCGGCGCGCGCGUGCUGCUGCUGCAGGCGCCCGCGCUGCACGCGCUGCACGCGCUGCACCACACCACGGGGGGACUCACGCUAGGCGGGUCGCGCGCCAUGUACCGCGCGCCGGCGCCGGGCGACGACCUGCUGGGCGUCGCGCUGCGACUCAUCGCCGACAGCCCGCACUCGCACCACCACUACCACAAGUACUACCUCGCCACUGUGGCGGGGCUGGAGACGGACAUAAUGCCCAGCGUGGUCCCGUACCGGCGCUACGUACUGCCGGACGCGGCGCGCGCCCUGCUGGCCGACCUGGGCGGCGCCGGGGUCGCGGGCGGCGCCGACGUGUCGCGCGGGCUGGGCCGCCUGCAGCACGCCGCGGCCGCCAUGCUGCAGCACGCCGCGGCACACCCCGACUACCUGCACGACGAGCUCAUACUGCUGCACCCCGACACAUAGCGGGGCAUACAUCACUUCAAUGCUUCACUUUUGAGCGCCACAGUCACUUAUACACAGCAAAUUACCUGUAGGUACCUUAAAAACUCGUGUUCUGGUCGGUUAUGAGGUCUAGCUAACAGUGGCAGAAUGCUCCAAAUGUUAUUUGUUGUUUGUAUCCAACGAUGUCGCUCAAAAGGUUGUCCCAACCGAUGGCAUUUGUAGAACGAUACGUUCUAGUCGUUUUAUAUAAAUACGAGAUUUAAAGAAUAUGAAACUAGGAUUAGUGUGUAUUGUGUAAUAUGUACGUGAUAUUGUAAAUAUUAAUAUUAACCUGUAUAUGUAGUGCUUCCAUGACAGAACGUGGGCAAAAUAUAGACGCCAUGCGUCGAAUCUCAUAAUACUGUUAUAUGCUUUGAUAAACAAUUGUCUACUUAGUACAGCGAGGCAUCAUCACACAAGCAAGAACUAUACAUUAAUUAAUACAACACCAAUAUUUCAAAAAUGAAACUUAAUAAGUGAUGAUAUCCUUAAAUUACUGCAAACAGGACCUAAAUUACAAAAUGCAUAUGUGAAUAACCAAAAUAGAUAAUUUAAUACAUUCGUUUCAGUACUACAAUGUGCAUAGUUGUUGUAUACCUGGAAACUAUACGUAAUUGAACAAUAUAUCUCUCUAAUGUUAUUUAUACGACAAAAAUGAUCUCGUAUGUUUACUGGAGAACAAAAUAUACACUUAACACUUUGCAGAACUAUCUAGAUAGAUAAGUAAGAACCUCAAAUAGUACACAGUACUUAUACAAUAAUGGCUGCUAUUAAGUACAUAAAUUAGAAUGCUUGUAAUGUUAUUUUUAAACAGCAUAUUGCUGUAAUAAUAUUUUUCGAUACCAUGCAUUUCAUUUAAGAGUAGGAUAACGCUGCCAAAUGUACCGAGUAGUUAAGUUAGAUAAAUAUGCAUUGUGUAUGAUCAACUAAGAAAGGUCACUGAAUAACUAAUACAGUUUACGCUAACAUUGCUGCCCGUGCACUAACGUGACAGAUAAAACUCGUUUGCCGUUCCAUCUUUUAAUUGAAAUGCAUGGAAUUGCUUUCAUCAUUUUUACACUGGUUUGUGAUGAUAACGCCAUCAAGAAUCACCAGUGGAUCAAGUGGGAUGGCCACUGCUGAACAAAGACCUCUCAUAUUCCCCACACUUGGCAGGCUGUUUAAGAUCGCAGUAAGAUUUCCAACAGUUUAACAAGUUGUUACCUAUCCUUUAGUGGUCAAGUCCGAACUCAUCAUCACAUACGUAAUUUUUCUUAUACAAGCGCGUGACUAUCAUUUUCUUUCGUUUUAAACAUUAACGAUAUUAUGACAUGUAUAAGGAUAAUCUAAUUUCAUAUUUAAGAUGUUACAUUAUGAUUAUUUUACUAUAAUAUUAUUCUUGCCGGUUAGAUACGAAAGCCGGGAAAUGUCAGAAGCCUGGUAAAUAUAUAAUGUAUAUAUAAAAUAAUGUAGUAGUGUAAGUAUAAGUAUUGUUGUCAAGUUGUUGUCUGUGUCGUUAUAUUGUUGUACGCCCUCAUACCUCUCUACUUCCCUGGGACUAGCCCAGUUCACUGUAUUUUAUUGUUACCACUACCAAAUGCUCAAAAAGUGCAUGGGAUUGUAAGUCUUAUGAGAAAUAACAUUAUAUCUAUCUACUACGACUAAUCUCGGGCAAUGAGGCUCAUGAGCCCCAAACGUAGCUUGAAAUUAGUCGAUAUAUUUUGUCAAUAAGUGAGUAAGUCAUUAAACGUGAUUAAAAUGCAUUAGAUACAUUGAAAUCAUGUCACGUCGUCAGCAUUAACGUGAACAUUGUUCUCGUUACAUUUUUAAAGCGUUUUCGAUGGAUAAAUAGUCAAUCUGGCUAUAUGAACUCGAUCCUUUCAGUAAGGUAACCGCGUGGUUCAUGUUCACAAAUUUACCAGUAUCUAUUGUAUCAACUCUGCUUUGUUGUGUGAAUGAAUAAAUGCAACGAAAUUGUUAAUCAAAUACAAUAAAUAAAUAUGUUGUCUUUUUGCACCAUUUUCUUUA